UUAACCCAAGCCUGAAAAUGUUCCACCAUGUUGUGGAGAUGCUAUUGGUUAGCUUCCAGUAGCUGAGACGCUCUUGCUCAUGGUCACAAGCCAAAGGGGGGCAAGGCCAUGAAUACUGAUUUUGGCCUUAACAUAGAACAGUCUGGCAUUUUAUAACUUCAUAGUUUUCUCAUCUAUUUCCUUUCCAUGGCUAAUUCAGGCAACUACUGUUAAGAGUGACUUGAGUUUAAAUGUUGAGAUGUUACAUGUGACUAAACUUUUCUUUCCACACUUGUGACAGAGUCUGAAUGGAUUCACACUGCCAGUAUUUUUGGAGCAACUCAGUAAUGUGACUUUAAGCUUCUUUGAAGAAGUAAUGGAUUCUCCUCCCACCAUUGCUGCCAUUGUUAAAAUCCUUGACAAUGUAGCAAUUACCUCUUCGUCAAAUAAUAUUAUAAUAACACAAAAAUCAAUGAAGGUGGGUGAAUUCACUUGAUAAUAUUUACAUUUAUGCAGCUUGUCUUCUCUUCUCUUUUCUUGGCAUAAUGUAUGCAUGUCUUUUCUGUCUAGAACGUCAUGGAAACUGGAGGGAUUCUCACCACUGAUGAGGCAAAGGGUUCAUGGAAACUUCUGAAUAACAAGGAUGACAUAAAUGGCUCAGAAAAAAAUCCAAGUGGCAUAAACAGCAACAGCUCUUUGUUGCUCCACGCCUUUGAGAAAAUAACAAGUCGUCUUGUCAAUGAAUCUUUCAAUAUUCAGACACCUUAUAUUCUCCUGAACAAAACCACGUUCUCACACACUUUCAUCGGCAACUUCAAUUCUUCUGUGGAAAUCGAUGUAUUAGAGGCUGAUGGAGAAAACAAUCCAAUCACAGUCAUAUUAUUUUCUUCCAUGGAUAACGUGCUUCUUGCAAGAGACAAAGCAAAUUCAUCAUCAGACGUUAUCAAUGGAAAGGUUACACUUAUUAAGUCGGAAGCCAUCAUCAGUAAUUUAACGUUAUCAUUUGAAACUACAAAUGACACUCUGAAAAAUCCUAAAUGUGUCUUCUGGGAUUUCACCCUCUUUGAUGGAGUUGGAGGAUGGAGCCAAGAUGGCUGCUCUUUGGUAUACUAUGAAAAUGGAACAGCAAGCUGCAACUGCAACCAUACCACCUCCUUCUCUAUACUGAUGUCACCUGAUAGUAUUGAUAGCCCGAUACUGGACUAUAUUACAUACAUUGGAGUUGGCAUAUCAAUGGCUUCCUUGGUCAUAUGUCUUAUCAUUGAAGCUAUUGUAUGGAGAAAAAUAAGAAAAAACGCCACAUCAUACCUACGUCAUGUAUCCAUUGUUAACAUUGCAGUGUCUCUUCUGAUGGCAGACAUCUGGUUCAUUAUUGGAGCAGCUAUUUCAAAUUUAAAUGAAAAAAACCAACCAGCUUGCACAGCAGCUACAUUUUUUAUUCAUUUUUUCUACCUCGCCUUGUUCUUCUGGAUGUUAGCAUCAGCCCUGCUGUUGCUCUACCGUACUGUCAGUGUCUUUGAUGGAGGGCUGUCUAAAGUCUCUAUGUUGGUUAUUGGAUUUGUAUUGGGAUAUGGAGCUCCACUCAUCAUUGCAACAGUAACCAUAGCUGCAACGGCACCAUCAAAUGAAUACACCAGAGAAAACAGUGUCUGUUGGCUCAACUGGUACGAGUCCAAAGCUCUACUGGCCUUUGUGAUCCCAGCUCUUCUGAUAGUGCUGAUAAACCUCAUAAUCCUGGUUGUGGUCUUGUACAAAAUUUUGAGAAGAAGGGUUGGAGGAAAUGCUGCACAAUCUGGCGAGAAGCAUGUCCUGGUGGUUAUUGCUCGGAGUUUGGCUGUGCUCACUCCAUUUUUUGGAAUAACUUGGGGUUUGGGAGUUGGAACCAUGGUAAAACCUGACGACAUGGGAAUCCUUAUUACAUUUGCAUUAUUCAACUCACUACAGGGUUUCUUUAUUUUGGUGUUUGGAACGCUGUUGGACAAAAAGGUAUGUAUACCACUAGCAGCACGCAUCAAAUUCAAAUUGCUAACACUAGCAUACAAAGUCCGAGACGGUACGGCUCCCAUCUACCUGAAUCCUCUUGCAAAGGCUUACAUCUCGGCCCGGCCGCUCUGGUCUUCACAGGAUUGUCGGCUAGCAGUGCCUACACCACGCUCAGGACAAUCCAGACUUUUCUCAUGCAUUGUUCCACAAAUGUGGAAUGACCUUCCUAACACUACCAGAACUGCGGCUUCCUUUUCUAUUUUCAAGAAACUCCUGAAGACCCUGCUUUUCAGAGAGCAUCUUCUUAACUAGCACCUUGCCUGCAC